UUUGACGUUUUGUAUUGUUCCUUGUCUUGUUACCGGCCACAGACAAGCAAGGUCACGGCUAGUUGAGCAUGGAUUUAUACAGAGUGGCUCUUGAGGAAAUUGCUUAUGAAGGAUUAGAAGGUGUAACACUUUCUGGGUUGUGGAAAUGCUUUAAAAAGCGAUUGCCACCUAUUGAUUGUGCUAUUGACCAAUGGACUAAACCCCAUAUAUGGAAACGCCUCAUUCAGUCAGAGUAUGUGCGGUUUUAUUAUAUCGAUUUUGAAGGCCCGAAGGCACCAGAAGUGAAAGUGAACAAGGCUGAACGUUUUCCAAAGUUACCGAACCAGUUUUGGGUGUAUAACUACCUUGAUGGUACAACAGGAUACAGUACGUCAUUUUAUUAUCGCACCAAUGUUACUGCGAUUAUUCAUGGCAAGGAAAAUAUGAUGUCACUCGAUGAAGCUCAUAAAAAAUAUGGAGACAAUCUUGUAAUUGUGGCUGUACAGGAAUAUCGUAGAAGACUCUUGUAUGGACAAUGUAAUCCUCCCUUAAUAGAAGAAAUGGUACCCUUAAGAUAUAUCAUGCUUGAAAUUAUUGCAAAAGUUAGGUGGGCUGGUUUUAUGCAGGUUGAUUUUCACAAAAUCUAUGGUUUGGACCCAAGAACAAGUUUCCAUCAUAUAAAAGUUCUUCUAAAGCUUCACUUAAUCACAAAACAGAAUAUCGUUGUUUCUUCCCCGGUAACUGAUGAGGUCACAACAGUACCACCAAAGGCUACAAAGAUGUUACAUUUGGUCCAAUUUUCAAAUGUUUUCACUACAAACAUUCGAAAAGCAGCUGCUAAGAUCUGUUCUAUUCUGGAGGACGCACCAUGUCAAACUAUGGAACGAAGUGAACUAAGAGCAGCAUUUGGGGAUACUCGCCAAUUCAAAAAGAUCCGUCAGUGGUUAUUUCAGAAUGGUUAUAUAAAUUAUGUUGUAAAUGGUGAACUUUGGAAUUCUGAGACUGGAGACACUUCUCAGCUAGCACAUAUCCGUUCAAGCCGGCCAUGUUAUGUAUGUCUAAUCAAAAAGUUUCAACAUACUGAAGGUGACGAUGAUAAAGACGAUGAUCUAAUGGAUUACAUAGAGAAUUGUGAUGAUAUUGAACCCCAACUGGUAUUUGAAGAGUCAAUGCAUCGACAAGCUUACUGUGUACUGUUAGCAUGUCGUGAGAAUGGCAUCACAAUGAAGAAAUUAGCUGAAGUUAUGUGCAUACCCUAUACAAUGUCAAGAUCUCUUAUACGUUAUUUGGAUACAAGAAAGCUUGGCCGCAUUAUUAAUGUGGAUCACAUGAAACAGAAACUUCAAAAAAUUGUGGCGAUACAGUUUUUACAUCAAUCAGAGACAGUAAAAAAGAUACAGACAAAUAAAUUGAAAAUGGAACAGCACAGGGCAUUGACUCUUGAUGAAAAACCCAAAACAGAUGAAACAAAAAGUGCCAUGGUAGACCCCAGUAGUUCUCUAAUGAAAUCUAACAAUGAAUUGGCUGACCGAAUUGGGUUUACAUGUGUCUCUCAAAGGAGUAACAUCUCCCUACGUCACAUGGAAAGAAAGAACAUGAUUUUGGAUUUUUUAAAAGCACAUCCAGUAUAUGAAGGGGUCAAUCAGAUUUAUAAGAAAAUUAUUGCUUAUGAAGAAACACAACGACACACACAUGGUAUUUGUUGUCGAAAAACUAUCAAGAAAAUAAUAAAAAUUCUGGAGAACGAGGGACAGAUACGAACUUACACAGCAGAGAUCGAUCGCAAAUGUGUACCACCUCUGACGGCGUUGUUUUACUGUGCUGCCCAUGUCACAGAAGAUAGCCAGGAAUUUUUAGAUGUCUUGUCGGCUGCACGGAGUCGUCACGAAGGACAAGAAAAACGCAAAGAAAUGAGAAAUGCUGUCAGAAGUGGCAAGAAAAAAGUGACUGAAGUAAAGACAGAGGCAGAGAGUUUUGUUAAAACUGAAAUGAACGGUGAAGUGGAGGAAAACGGUUUAACUGAUACUGAUGAUGAAGAUUUUGAUAAGAAAACAAAAAGUAUGAAAGCUUACAUGGAUCAGGGAAGUAGAUUUACAAUGUAUGGCAGAUUCCAAAGGCUUCACAUUUUACAUCUUUACCUGUGGAUGCUUGUAUAUGGCACUGACGAUGAUUUGAAGACAUUAAAAGCUGCUGCAUCAGGAAGUGUGGAGUAUUCGGAUCUGAUUCAAAGUCGUCAUAUAUGGUUACAGAAGGUUAGCGGAUUGCCUAAAUACAAACAAGGUCCAGGCUGGUUUAACAUUAGAGACAUAAUAUCAUUGAUGCCCUUAGAUGUUACAUGCAGAAUACUUGGUAUUAGAUGCUGGAGUGACACUGUCCUUAAGUAUUUGCAAGAUUCAGAAAAGCGAUUGUUAAAAAUGACGGACUUACCUCCACGACUGAAGUACAAACUACUUAUGAGCCCAGCAAAUCGCCAACAUCUUGAUAUUACAGUCGAUCUGCUUGUCUUGCUUGCCCAGAUGGGCUUGAUUGCAAUUUCUUCCGAAAACUAUCCAAAAAUCAGAUCUGAAAUCAUGCUUUUUGUUCGGAAAGAAGCGAAAAUAACCGACACCAGGUUAACAGAGAAGACGUACUGCCAAACUAUUCUUCCAGAAGGACUGGAUGCAUUUCCUGUCAACGUUUACAAUUUCAAAUGUUUAGAUGAUGUGGAGAAAUACUGGACUGAUUUACAGUUCGUUUGCUUAAAUACUCCUUUAGGUUUAAAUCGUGUUGAGCGGAAUCAAUCUUCCAAAACUAAAAAUGCAGAUGACGAAGGCUUGGGCAGGUCAGGUGUUGGUAGGACAUCCGCUAAAAUCACUGGUCGCGUCUUACGCUCGUUUACCGUUCUUAAAGAUUUCGUGCAGUAUUACGAGAAUAAAGAUUUUUCAAACAUGGAACCUGUUGUAUUUGGCAAUAAUCUUGGAGCUGGAGGUCUGGAUUCUAUCUUUUUCGGCCAUCUUGCAAAGAACUGGCAAUGUGCUAAAAAACCAAAAAAAGUUGCAAACGCUAAUGGUAAAUCUUUACCUGUGGAGAAGGCAUCCUCUGUGGCUAUCACUAACAAGAUGGAACCUACAAAGCUUGGCAAGAAGAUCAUUGUAUCUAGUGAAGUCAUUCGAAACAGAGCAGGAGGAAAAGGGUUGAAAAGAAAACUGGCUAAUGUUUCUAGUGUGUUGACGAAGAAGAUGAAGUUGGAAAGAAAGAGACAGUUCGAUAAAAUGAUCGCCAAAAGAUUCGAACACGUCCGUGAAAGAGUGCGGUUGAAUGAAAUCAAAAAGAAAACAAUGAGAAAGAAUAAAAGGGAGUUGAGUGCGUUGAAUCAUGAUGACACCGAUCGGGCAGCUUUGAAAAGAAUGAAGGGUCAACGUGUUUCGUUUACAGAACGCGAAGAUGCUCACAUUAUGUUAGCUGAAAUUGUUCGAGCCAUGAUGAAGUUGCAUGACAAAGGCCAACCACUUGAAAAAAAGCAUCCGAAAAUCUUCUGGCGUGCAAUUCGUGAUUUACUACAUAAAGAAGUGCCAGAGUCCAGUGAUAAAACGUGGAACGCUUUAGAACGUCGUGCUCGUUACAUCAAGAAAUACCCACAUAGCUUGAUUGUAUACAAAACGUGCGUGGCAGAGCUAGAACAGGAUAAGGAGUUCACAGCAUCGCUGCAGUGUACGAUAGAAAAUUGGAAAGAAAAAUUGAUACAAGUGUUUGAAGCAACAGCAGCUAGCUACAGCCGACAUUUUAAUCAAGAAAUUGAUAUAGGCGAGCUUCCUCCAACGUUGGAGAAAUUGCGCACAGACUACGAGAUGGAGUUCGCACACAGCGAGAUAGAGAAGGAGGAAGAGAGGACUGAGUUGAAAUCUGAGCGUGAUAUUCGAAUAUCUUUGCUAGAAGAUCUGAUGCACAAUUCUAUGACGGCACAAAAGCUGACGUCCUAUAUUCCGUCAGUAGCUUUUAAGAUGUUCGACGCGUACAGCUCACAAGAGUUAAACACAGCGUUUAAUUUUUAUAAACAAAACAAGUUAAUUAGUCGAUACAGAAUUGAUGUUCCUCGCCGCAGAUCCAUACCAGUAUCGACAAUGACCUACAACUUGUCCAACACGUAUUACCGAUUCUUUGAACCAAUAAUGCCUCUCCGUAUAUACCAACUCGCUAGAAGCAUGUACGUUCAACUUCGCGAUGGAAAAGCGCAUACAAACAUUUCAAAAGAACAAGAUAUUUUGAAAUCACAAACAGUUGCUGCACCAGGAACCUGCGCUCUUAAUUUUGGACAAAUCACCGGAGGGCAUGUGGCUUAUUUAACAAGUGCGCUGACGAAUGAUAAGGCGACUGUUGAGUUCAUUCUUCCUGACGAAAUGACGAAGUGCGAUGAGAAUCACAUGAAGAAGUUACAACAGGGAAACUUGAACUUCCAAAGUUUAGUUUUCGAACAGCGAGUGAGAAGAGGGGAAUCGUUAGUAAAUUCGCGCAUGUCGCUAACUGGUAACCUUGAUGAUAACGCGAGUACACUUGGUAACACUCGUACUUUGACUACUAGAAAAUCCUUCGAUAGCAUUACUGGUAAAACUCAGGCUACCGAUUGUGAAUCUGCCGAAAGUCGUAACGCAGCUAAAAGUGUGUGUAGAGAAACCUUUAACACUGGUAGCGAGUCUGACAAAAAUCGAAACACUGUUGAUAGUGUGUGCAGUAACGUUAACAGUGAACAUAGCGAGGGUGGUAUUUUCGGUAACAUUGAACGUAAAAAGAGUAACGACGAUGUGGCCAAAAGUAGCAGUAUUAGUAAAGCUAUUGAUGACGGAAAGCUAGAGCGCGAGGAAUCUUUGGUGGUGAACUCCUCAAUUAUUCCCGAAGUUGAGACAGACGUUAAAAGUGUAUGUAGAAACCAAACAGAAGGUUUUUCUAACAAACGACGUAACUCGCUAAACAGAGGUGUUUCACCGCCUCGAAAAAUUAUUAAAAAGGGAUCUUUUACGGAGGAAAGCACUUUGAAACUAGGUAAUAAACGAAACAAGACGAGUGAGCAGAAAAAGCACGGAACAAUUUUCGCGUCAAUAAGUACUGCCACUACUUCUUGUUCUUACAAAGAAACGCCGAAGGACGUUUCUCCAAAGCAAAAACAGCAGCAGAGACUUACGUGUCGAUUUAGCGACAGAGAAAACGAAUUUCGCUAUAGCACGGACAGUGCAAAGAAAGUGAGGACACUCAGCGACAGGUUAGAUCUGUUAAAAGAAAAAAAAAUGCACGCGUCUCGCACUGCGUUGACGAUGCACCGUUCCAUAAAUAACAAACAACUUGUACCCACUAACGCAAUGAACACGCAUGACGCCCUGAUAAUCAACCCCAUGCGCGUCGAGUACCACGUCAGAUCAUCGCCAUUUCGUACAGCAUUUACGAAAUUAAAACAUCAUUCAAGUGACGCAUGGAAAAGGCUGCGCGUGCAGGAGGAUAGUACAUGCGCAAUGGAAACACUCUCCAUAUCAGAGUAUUGUACAAUUUUGAAAGAAGAUUUAAAGUAUAGUGCAAAACUAGUCGAUACGCACGUAGUUAUUAUUGAUAAAGUAGGUGCAGCGCAAACGAUUGGGAUUAAACUGAAAGAUUUUAAGGUCAUCUUCUCAGACAUCGAUAUCGAGGUAUUACAGAACUGGCAUAUGCAUUUACAGACACUGGUCAAUUUUCGAAUGCUGUAUCAUGUUGGUCACUACGAUGAACGUCUUGUCACUGCAGCGUAUUAUCCUGUAUGGUGCUAUAGAGCUCCUCAGGUUAGAAGUAAUUUCGAAUCCACAGAGAAGAAACAACCUAACGUCAGCGAGAUCUCAGCUGUUCAGUCUAAAGCAACAGAUGCUGAGAACAAGAAUACCGAGGGUGAUGAAAAGACGGGCAACACUAGCACAAAAGGAAAUCAGGAUUCAUCAAGUUGUGUACAAGAUACUUCAAGUAGUACGCAAGCCAUUGUCACUGGUGGCUCACAAGAAAAUGCUUCAAGUAGUGCGCAAGACACUGCAGUGACUGUCGCAAAAAAAGACGCAUUAUUCAGUACGGAGGACAUUGCGGUGGGCGAAACUCAGGAGACUGCAUGGGGUAGUAAGCAGAACACAGAAUCGCUGGAGGUUUUAGAGAGUGGAACCUCUCAUUUAAGUGCAAAAACAGAUGAUCCAAACGCAAGUGAUGGUGCAAAAGUGGACCAAGCAUCUGUGAGUUACAAGUUAACAAAAGUGAGACCAUGGUUGAAACUGAACGGUGAAUUAAACAGUCUCCUCUUAAAACGCUUUCAAGAAGUCGUACUGACGUAUGUGAUGAUUAAUCCGGGUGUGAAAGAGUCGCAGAUUGUAAAGAACUUCUGUCUUAUCUUGAAGCCGUGUGCUGUGAAGUCAAUACUGAAAUUUCUCGAGAUAAAUGGCACCGUGCGAAAACACUAUCAACAAAAACACAAAACUACACUCUUUAGUACGUUAGAACAGCCCUAUGGUACGUCAUUUGAUGACUGUGAAACAUACUACUUGCCCACGAAAUGUGCGUUGCUCAACAUGAUGGAUAUGAACAGAUAACGCUUGGAGUUUUUGUCGACGUCAGCAUUAGUGGAGACAAGUUGACUAAACAAGACAAGCUUCGUUUAAAGUUUACGAAAAAACAUUUUCCCUGCGUGUUGAGACUUUGUGUUUCAAUAACAAAAUAAACUUUUAUUUUUUUCCCGUUUCUUAAAACAUCUCGCGUGACUUGAAGAGAAUUACGUAAUUGUUUUCCACUUCAGGUUUUAAUGAGAAGACCUCACAGGCUGGUUUCCGAUUGCGUAAAACGAACAUGUAUAUUAUAUUUCGUGUUUUGCACACAGUGUUGCAAACGUAGACAGUCUUAAUGUAAACAUCAUUUUAAGGUAAAGUUGAGAUUUCACCAGUCUUUUGAUUGGACGCACUGAA